AUGAGGUGUAACAUGAAAACCAUAUUAUUGGAGCCAUUUCCGUUCCAUGUUCGACACAAAUUCAAUUAGGCCCCAAAUUCGGUCUAGCUCUGGGUGGGGCUUAAUGAUGCGAGACGUUCGAUGUGGGGCGAUGCGAUGCGAUGCUGGGGCAUAUUUUUAUCACACCUGAAUCAGACCUUAUCAGACAUUCCGCGAAGAGAUCGAUAGAUCACUGAUACGCAUCGAGAUGCGGAGCACUAUAAAUAAUGGCAUCUGGUCCGAUCAGAAAUCAGUACCAGUACCAGUACCAGAGCUCCCCUCAUCAUUCACGGAUAACCAACGGACCACUUACCACAACAGCCAGCCACAACAUGAAAGUAUUUGCCCUCGCUCUGCUCUGCCUGGCAGCCGUUGCCCAGGCCCAUAUCAGCUACAAGCUACAGUGCGCCCGCGGCGAGAUCGGCAUCCGCUGGCCUAGCUACCACAGCAACUCCGAGUACUAUGUGUGCCAGGGCAUCUACGGCAGCCAGCUGACCAUCCACUGCCCGGCCGGCGAGGUCUUCAGCUUCGUGCUGCAGCAGUGCGCCUCUCCCUCCCAGUAUGUGCCAGCCCCGCCAAUCAACAUCCUGCCCACUGCUGCCCCCAUCACAAUGACCGUCGUGGAGGAUGCUCCUCCAGUGAUCGGUGCCGGUAUCGCCACUUCCGCUCACAACCAGAUCGAGCAGCAUGAGACCGCCGAGCACCAUGAGAUCGCCGGACCCCAUGAGCACCACGAGCAAAACGAGCUCCACGAGCUCCACGAGCACCACGAGCACGAGCACCAGACCGAGCAGGAGGUUGUGGCUCACCCAAUUCCCCCGACCCCAGCCCCAGAGCCACCAGUUGUGGAGUCGGCCGUCAAGCCAGCUUCCGCCCCUAUCCCCAACAAAGGAGUUAAGAAGCCGGUCGUCCCAGUGCCCGCCAAGAAGGCCACUUCCGCCAAGAAGCCAGUGGCUCCCAUCCCAUCCAAGACCGCCAAGAAGCCCACACCACCCAGCAAGGCCCAGAAGAAGCCAGCCACGGCCUAAGAGUCCCAUCCGGAUCGCCAGUUCAAUGUCCAUCGUUAAAGCAAGCGGAGUUCCAUUCACAACUCAAAAUAGCAAUAUAAACUAACUAAAUAUCUAUCGACCUGCA